ACUGGUUUUACUGUUGGCAAAUGAUUACGGCCUAAAAGUGGAUGUUUAUUUAAUCCUAUUUUACAAAAAUUAGGACUUUUUAAAAGUGUUUGUUUUGAUUUAUUUUAAGGUGUGCCAAUUAACAACUGGAAAAUGUCUCAUCACAGCGAUGACAACAUGCUCAUAGCGACGAGUGACUCAUUUUGGGAACCGGGCAACUACAAAAAAACGACCAAACGCAUCGAAGAUGGCUACAAGCUGUGCCAAGAGCUGAUAUCGCUGGUUAACGAACGAGCCGAGAUCGAGCGUAGCUACGCCAAAUCGUUGAAAGCGUGGUCGAAAAAAUGGAACGAGUCCAUCGAAAAGGGGCCCGAAUACGGUACGACGGAGGCCGCUUGGAAAGGGGUGCUCAUCGAAGCCGACAGAAGAUGCGAUCUUCAUUCUAAAAUCAGGGAUAACUUAGCCAACGAUAUUGUCAAUAAAGUGAAGCAUUGGCAGAAAAUGAAUUAUCAUAAAUCUGUGAUGAAUAUUAAAGAGAAGAAAGAUAUGGACGAUGCAUUUAAGAAAGCUCAAAAGCCUUGGACUAAAUUAUUACAGAAAGUGGAAAAAUGCAAAAUGGACUAUCAUACGGCUUGUAAAACUGAAAAGUCUGCAGCUAAUCAAGAGCGUAAUGCUUCCGGAGAUACAUCAUUUUCCGCUGACCAGGUUAGAAAAAUGCAAGAUAGAGUUCAAAAAUCUAAAGAGGAAGUGCAGAAAUGUCGAGAAAAGUACGAGCUAGCCUUAAAGGAAAUAAAUCAAUACAAUCCCAAAUAUAUGGAAGAUAUGACAGUCGUAUUCGAUAAAUGCCAGGAAUUAGAGGCUCAAAGGCUCGAUUUUAUCAAGUCAACUCUAUUCGGAAUGCAUAAAUAUCUUAACCUGUCUCAAGAUAUAACAUUAACUCAAAUAUAUGAAGAAUUUUAUCAUAUAAUAAAUAAUGCAGAUUACGAAAAGGAUCUGAAAUGGUGGUCGAACAAUCACGGAGUGAAUAUGGCCAUGAAUUGGCCGCAAUUUGAGGAAUAUGCUGAAGAAUUUCGGGAUAUACACAAAGGGAAAUCCAAAGAUACUUCCCCUUCAGGAAUCACAUUGAUCCACCAACGUCCAGUUGGAGAAGAUUUGCAUGAUUAUUCGACUACUCAGCAAUCGAUUAAGAAGCAAUCGUCUACUAAACAACAGAACCCUGUGCCCCCGCCGCAAGAGAAGCCAGUCAAGUUAAAUGCAGAAGAAAACAACAGCCCCUCAAAUAGAAUGUCCACCGUAACGAAUGGAUCCUCCAAUAAAAUCAAUGAAUCUAAUCCAUUUGAAGAAGAGGAUUGGGAAGAGAAUGAUGCGUUAGUAGACACAGGAGAACCGGGUGUUCCUGUGAAAGCUCUUUACGAUUAUGACGGCGCUGAAAGCGAUGAACUUACUUUCAAAACAGGUGAUGUUUUUGAAAAAUUGGAAGACGAGGAUGAACAGGGUUGGUGUAAAGGAAGGAAAGACGGCUGUGUGGGCCUCUAUCCCGCUAACUACGUUGAAACAAUAUCUCAAUAAAAAAAAAUAAAUCAUAAGUAUUACUAAUGUUGAAGAAAUGUUAUAAAUUAUUGUUAUUUUUCUAGGAUUAGGUUAAUAUACUCAUAUGCGUAUUUAACGUAAUAAAAAUGUGUAUUAUUAAUUUGGUAAUACCCCUAUGUGACUAUCAGUAUGUAAAUAUAAUUUUAUUUUAGACGUGAUUUGGUGAUGCACUAUGUUCAGUUAAAAAGAAAACAAACUAUUUUAUUCAAAAUAUUUUUAAAUUAAAACAGGUAUCAGUUCGGAAUUACAUAUAUUUGUAUGAAUAGUAAGUAACCUGUACUUAGAGUCUGAAAUAAAUUAUAUAGAAGCAACUUAUUAAAUCGAUUUCCUUUAAUUGGAACCUCCACAAAAGAUAUUAAACCGUCCUACAUCCACAAUAAUCAAAUUAUUAAAAAAAACAUUUAUUUUCAAUAUAAAAUUAUUACACAAAAGAUAUACAAGUCGUUGAAAAACAACUAAUAACUGAAAAAUAUUCUUAAUUUGGAACAUAAUAUCAUAUUUUAGGAACAACCGAACAACUACAUAAAAUGCAUUAAUCAUAGCAAUAGGUAUUAUACAGGGUGUUCGUAAACAUCGUACACAUCAGAAAGUGGUAAUUCUUUGGCUUAUUUCAUUUCAUGACUAAUAGUUCAUAUAAAUAGAAAUAAAUAUGAAAUAAGCCAAAGAAUUCUCCUCUUUCGUAUGUGCACGAUGUUCAGGAACAUCCUGUAAAUAAUUACAUUUUGUCAAUGAAAAAUAUGAAGUUUGCUUUAUUUAUUUUAAGUUUUUUUACACCUUUUAAACGAUCUAUUUUCAAGGAUAAGGCCGAGUAUGAUUUAAGUUUAAGAUUACAAAAAAUGGAUAAAAACGCUUUAAUAAGCGAAAAUAAACUUCAAUAUAGAAGCAUUAAUCAAAUAUAAAAUAACAAUUAUUCGUUAUUUAGACAAGGUGUCAAAUCGUCGAUAUACAA